AUGGCCCGUUGCUUGUACUCUGCCUGCCUUCCAUUGCCUCAACACCCAGGAAAUGCAAAUUUCAGCUUUCUUUCCAAUGGAUUGGGUUUCAUAAACCCUAGUAGUAGAAGAAGAAGAAAUAUAAUUACUUCCUCCCACAUAGUGAGGACUCAGAUUCUGCCUUCUGUGCAAGCAGAGACAAUUGGGUCGCAGGUAUUUGUAGUCUUGGACUUGCACACAAAUUACCUUGAGAACAUUAGCUGGGUGAGGUCUUUGUCAAGCAAUAGGUACAAGAAAGAUGUUCUUAUUGUUGCAGGAGAUGUGGCUGAGACUUGCGCGAAUUUCGUUCUGACAAUGUCCCUUUUGAGAGAGAGGUUUCAGCGUGUGUUCUAUGUGCCUGGUAACCAUGAUCUUUGGCUCCGAAGGGAGAAACACAAUUAUGUAAGCAUCACUAGCUUUCGAUUUUAA